CAGAAGAGAGCUGUGAUUUUUCUUUUUUUUUUUUUUUUCCUUCUCCCCUCACACCUUCCCGUCUUGAAGGACGCGACAGUGCUUUUUUCAUGGACAACACUUGCUUAGCCGUGUGAAUUCGUCCUCAUGGUGUGUUUCUCCAGUUGCCCACCCGUCGCAGUGUGUCUCACCUUCCCAAGCCGAGAUGUCCAUCGCCAACACGCCCACCAGCAACGACGCCUGCCUGAGCAUCGUGCACAGCCUGAUGUGCCACCGGCAGGGCGGCGAAAGCGAGAGCUUCGCCAAGCGGGCCAUCGAGAGCCUGGUGAAGAAGCUCAAGGAGAAGAAGGACGAGCUUGACUCGCUCAUCACCGCCAUCACCACCAACGGCGCCCAUCCCAGCAAGUGCGUCACUAUCCCCAGGACGCUGGACGGACGACUGCAGGUGGCCGGACGCAAGGGUUUCCCACACGUGGUCUAUGCCAAGCUGUGGCGCUGGCCCGACCUGCACAAGAACGAGCUGAAGCACGUCAAAUACUGCCAAUACGCCUUCGACCUCAAGGCCGACAGCGUGUGCGUCAAUCCCUAUCACUACGAGCGGGUGGUCUCACCCGGAAUUGACAUAUCGGGACUGAAUCUCACGGGCUCCAGGCCCGGCUCGGCGCUGAUGGUCAAAGACGAGCACGAUUUCGACGGCCCCCAGAGCCUGCCCGCCAUGGACGAGGGCCGCUCCAUGCAGACCAUCCAGCACCCUCCGUCGGGGGGCCACCCGGGACCCUCCGACUUAUUCGCCCCCACCAACAUGCUUCCGCCCGCCGAGGCGUCCACCUCCGCCUCCACAUCGUCGUUCCCCACUGUCGCUACAGGAUCGGCUAGUGGCAACACUGUCUGGUCAAGGAACAGCAGCUUCACCCCCAACACGCCGCACCACAGCAACGGUCAUCUGCAGCACCAUCCACCCAUGCCGCAGCCGGCACACUACUGGUCAGUCCACGAUGAGUUUGCCUUUCAGCCGCCCAUAUCUAACCAUCCUGCUCCGGACUACUGGUGCUCCAUCGCCUACUUCGAGAUGGACCUGCAGGUGGGCGAGACCUUCAAGGUGCCGUCGUCGUGCCCCGUCGUGACCGUGGACGGCUACGUGGACCCGUCGGGCGGCGACCGUUUCUGUCUGGGCCAGCUCAGCAACGUCCAUCGCACGGAGGCCAUCGAGAGAGCCAGGCUUCACAUCGGCAAAGGCGUGCAGCUGGAGUGCAAAGGUGAAGGCGACGUGUGGGUGCGCUGCCUCAGCGACCACGCCGUCUUCGUGCAGAGCUACUACCUGGACCGCGAGGCCGGUCGAGCGCCCGGGGACGCCGUACACAAAAUCUACCCAAGCGCUUACAUCAAGGUGUUCGACCUGCGUCAGUGUCACAGGCAGAUGCAGCAGCAGGCGGCCACCGCUCAGGCGGCAGCUGCUGCGCAGGCGGCCGCCGUGGCCGGAAACAUCCCCGGACCAGGCUCGGUGGGAGGCAUCGCACCCGCCAUCAGUCUGUCAGCAGCGGCCGGCAUCGGCGUGGACGACCUCCGACGCCUGUGCAUCCUCCGCAUGAGCUUCGUGAAGGGCUGGGGGCCCGACUACCCUCGGCAGAGCAUCAAGGAGACACCGUGCUGGAUCGAGAUCCACCUGCACCGCGCACUGCAGCUGCUGGACGAGGUGCUGCACACCAUGCCCAUCGCAGACCCUCAGCCGCUCGACUGAACUCGCCACAAGAGAUGGGACUCUUUUUGCUUUUCGGUGCUUCUCGUUCUCUUCAGGUGGGUUUUGACUUUUGACGGUGCUGUAGUGUGAACUCAAAAUAAUGCAUUUCAUCUGAAAGGACAAAAUGUGGCUCCAUCAGAUUGCUGGACUUAACCAGAGUGCUGCGUUUGCCAGAAGAGGAACAUUUGUGGCUUUUAAUUUUUUUUAUUUUUAUUUUUUUUAAACCCUUCCUCUGGGAUUUAGUUGGUUUUAUAAUUGCUGUUUUUCCAGCCACUUCAUUAGGUACACAUGUACCGUAUUUUCACCGACCAUAAGGUGCACCGUAUUAAAAGGUGCAGUGUAAGUUAUGGGGUCUAUUUCUGUAUUUAACACGUACAUAAGGCGCACCGCAUUAUUGGGCGCAGGCAUGGUAAAACAUACGCUAGCUUAAAACAUACGGUAGCAUGCAUGCACGCUAAAACAAUGUUUUGAAAAAGGCAACGGGAGCAAAACUGAGUUCGGUUGUACUUUAUUGAAGUAUUUAGCAAUGUACUCACGUUAUUUUUUGAUCAAUCCUCAUCUACAAAUCCAUCAAAGUCCUCAUCUUCUGUAUCCGAAAUGAACAGCUGGGCAAGUUCUCCAUCAACCACGCCAGGUUCCCUCUCGCCAUUGUCGGAGUCGGUCUCGUUGCCGUGCGGCUCCUCAGAAAUGAUGCCGGCUUUUACGAAAGCUCGCACAACAGUGCAAACAGACACGUUAGCCCAAGCAUCCACAAUCCAUUCACAAAUUGUGGCGUAACUCGCCCGCCGCUGCCUCCCAGUCUUAGUAAAGCUGUGUUCGCCCUCUGUCAUGCAUCGCUCCCAUGCCGCUCGCAACUUCCCUGUUUACACGGAUGUCCAGCGGUUCGUCAAGCCUCCAGGAAUGAUGGCAAGCUCCGAGUUAUUGCACUCAGUCGAAUGGUGACUGUAGAGACGCUUCUCCUGGCUGUUCUUUGGUAAUUCAUCCAUUGCCACCUCGCCUCGUUUCCCUGGAAACUUGGCUUCGUCUUCUUGACUUGGCAAAGGUCGUUUUCCUGCUUCCUCCACUUGCGAACCAUGCAUUUGUUGAUCUUGAAUUCCCUCGCGGCUGCUCGAUUCCCAUGUUCCUCCGCGUAACCGAUAGCUUGCAGUUUAAACUGUGCUUCGUAAGCAUGUCUCUUCGUAGGUGCCAUUUUCAGAGGUCCUUAGCCAAACCGAUGCACAUACUAUAUACUUACUGGGGGCGUGUCUUUAUUGUCCUCUGUCACGCACACCCUUUACGUCCGCAUGCUGUCCUCAGUCACGUCUGCCUUCCUCUAUGUAAGCAGCGUGUCAACAGGAAAUGCUCCCAGUCAGUCAAGCGGAGCGCUCAUUAAAGUCACACAACUACAUUAACAGAUUUUGGAACUCGGUGCACAAAUAAGGUGCCCCCGUCCAUUUUGGAGAAAAUUUAAGACUUUUAAUUGCACCUUAUGGUCGUGAAAAUACAGUAUACAAAUCUAACAUCAGUUAGUUAUAUAUUUUCAGAUGUAUGGUAAGGAGUAUUAAGGCCACAUUGUAAAGGGCAAAAACAAAAAAGUAUAACGAGAAUAAAGUCAAUUCUUUUUUAAUAAAGAUGUUUUUUUUUUCUUAAGGUUGGUUUGUUACACAAUAAAUAAUAGAAGUUAACAAGGGGAAAAUAAUUGUGGGUGAAAGUCAUAAAAUUGGAAGAAUAGUUGGAUAUUUUCAACAACAAGUUAUGUUAUCAGGACAAAGUGGCACUAUUACGAGAAGUUUUAAUUUUACGUGGAAAAGAGACAACCUUAGAUCAGUUGAAUUGUGUCAGAGUGAAAGGCUCAACACUGAAAAGGAAAAAAAAAAGUAUUCGAGAUUGAAAUCGUAAUUAUUUUAGGUGGAUUUUUAUUUUAUUUUUUCCUCAGGAAAUAAAGCAGCAAUAUUAUCAGAGGAUUUAGGGGAGGAAAGUUGUAAAAUUGUAAGUCGUAUCUUUAUAAGGAAAAAGUAAGACUAUUAGGAGAAUCAAAUAUUUUGAUCAGGCUGAAAUGCGCAAUAAGUUGACAAAAAAAAAGGUUACAGCUGGAAAGUGUUUUCCAAAAAUAGUCUUUUUUUUUUUCUUUUUUUUUUUAAAUGGUUGUUUUUGUCCCCAAGAUGUAAAAAAAAAAAAAAAAAAAGGGGUAAUAUUCCAAAAAUACAAUCAUUUUACAAGAGUACUAUAAUGAGAAUGAAGUUGGGAUUUUACAAUUACUGUAUAUGAAAGUUGUAUCCUCUUGAGAAAAUAGUAAUUUGAGUUAUCAUGUUGCGAGAAUUAAAUUAUAAUUUUAAGAUAAAAGUGGUAAUAAAAACACGAUUACGAAAGUAAAUUGAUUUGGGAGCAAAAAGUGCAGUGCUGCACUGCAGACAUUUGUAGUAUGAGAAUGUUAAUCUUAUGAGGGAAAAAAAGGCAUGAGAUCAAAUGGGAUGAAAGAAUUUUACAAGGAAAAAUAAGUCAUAAUUUUAUGAUAAAAGGUGUAAUUUAUUGAUUUUGAAGUUGUAUUACGAGUGUAAGGGUUAGUUACGAGAAGGGAGUAAUAUUACAAGAAGUCAGAAUUUUACAAACAAAAAAUGGUAAAACUGACGAGAAUAAAGAAAAGCAGGCUAAUAUUACAAGAGUCAUUUUAGAAAAAAGGUCAUGUGAUGAAACUUUAGUUAGAAUUUUGAGGAAUCAAUAAUCAAUGAAAAAAAGUGUAAUGGGAAUUACAGAAGGUGGUUUUAUUUGUAAAGGCAGAGUUUAACAUCUCAUUAAGAUUGUGUACCUAAUGCUGUGACAAGUGAUUGAGCCACUUGUUUAGUACCAGUUCACAAAAUAGUAGCUGUAAAUCGACAUUUCCCAGCCAUUUUGAUGCUUUUCUUUUCUUAACCAUUUUAUGAAAUGAAUUUUAUGUGUUUAGCACUUUGACUUUUUUAGCUGUGUAUUUGUAUUGGAACACUAAAGAUGCAAUUUUGUUUUUCUACCUUUUCACCAACAUAACACACGAUGUUCCUGUUGUGGUUAGUCGGUUGUAUUAUUUUGUAAUCACUUGUGUAUGUAAAUAGAAAUAACCUUUGUAGUGCAUGCUGAUGUCAGUGAUCCCACAUUUAAUCUCAAGUCACUAUUACAUGAAUAAAUCAAGUCAU